ACUGUAUUAGGUCGUCUCUGAUAUCUUUUCAACUGCUGCUCCCUCUUCCAUGGUCUGCUCUGCCAGCGGUCACCAUGUUGAGUGCACUUUCAAGGGUUGCGGUCGGAAUUUCGCGGGGAGUUAAACCUUGUUUAACCCCCCAAACCUUUCAAAAUGAAACGGGCAAAAUUUUUGCUGUCUUCUUUAGUAACAGCCACACGAUGUACGCGACAGCCGCGCAGCCCAAGGCGAAGGGCUCCCAGGGCAAGGUGGUCGCGGUCAUCGGAGCCGUGGUGGACGUGCAGUUCGACGACAACCUGCCGCCCAUCCUGAACGCCCUCGAGGUCACCAACAGGAAGCCCCGGCUCGUGCUCGAAGUGGCUCAGCAUCUAGGUGAGAACACUGUGAGGACGAUCGCCAUGGACGGUACAGAGGGUCUCGUGAGAGGACAGGAUGUCCUGGACACAGGCUACCCCAUCAGGAUACCUGUGGGCGCAGAGACUCUGGGCAGGAUCAUCAAUGUUAUUGGUGAGCCCAUCGACGAGAGGGGCCCGGUCCCCACGACGAAGGUGGCUCCGAUCCACGCCGACGCCCCGGAGUUUGUCGACAUGAAGGUGGAGCAGGAGAUCCUGGUGACGGGCAUCAAGGUGGUGGAUCUGCUCGCUCCGUACGCCAAGGGUGGCAAGAUCGGCUUGUUCGGGGGAGCCGGUGUUGGCAAGACUGUGCUCAUCAUGGAGCUGAUCAACAACGUGGCGAAGGCCCACGGAGGCUACUCGGUGUUUGCCGGGGUCGGGGAGCGCACACGAGAGGGCAACGACCUCUACCACGAGAUGAUUGAGUCUGGGGUCAUCUCCCUCAAGGACAAGACGUCCAAGGUGGCGCUGGUGUACGGGCAGAUGAACGAGCCCCCCGGCGCCCGCGCCAGGGUCGCCCUCACGGGACUCACGGUCGCCGAGUACUUCCGCGACCAGGAGGGGCAGGACGUGCUGCUCUUCAUCGACAACAUCUUCAGGUUCACGCAGGCCGGCUCAGAGGUGCGCAUUUGACUGGACUUGUGUGUCGUAGCUAUAACUAGAGACAUGCAAAAUUCGUGGAUUCAUUUCACGAUAAGCUAGCAUCAAAACAACUAUACCUUCGUACUGCUUCUGCGAUUGGCCCACAUUUUAUCCGGGGAACUGUGAGCCAAUGAGAAACGCUAUACCAAGAAAGUGCUGAAUUACGGACAGCCUAGUUGAGACGUCUCACGCGUCAGUAGCCAAUGAAUAGGUGUCAUUUCCGCGAGUAUUUAAAGGACUGUGGAGUCUAUCCUAGAGGUCAAUGAAUCCGCGAAUUUUGCAGGUCCCUAGCUAUAACUUAUGUGUUCUUUUUUUGAAAGAAAUCUAAAGUGAAAAUUGAAAACUGCCAGGCACAAAAAACAAGCCUAGGGUAAGUAGUAAUCAUUCACGCAAGCAAGAGCAAAUAAAAUUGGGAUCAUUCAUACCCACAGUCGAAGAUAGCAAGAUGUGCACAAAGAAAAAUAAUUCAUUAUGAUUCAUGGUUCAAAUAAAUCGAAAUUACUUACCCAAGGAAAGCAGGGGAAGGCAGGAUGUAAAGACUGUUGCAUUCCAGCUGCACGCAAUACGCCACAACAUAAAAAUAGCUUUAUUUUGACACACCCCUCCUCCCCCUCCUACUUCUGGUGUGUGUAAUGAUAAGAAUACAAAUAAUUAGGGCUGAUCGGUUCCCACAUUUUCAGUUCGGUUCGGCUCGGCUCGGUUUUUUGUUAAAAAUGUCGGUUUUCGGUUCGGUUCGGUCACUACUUCAAAUUUUUCUUUGAGCUGUCAUACCAAAAAAAAUUCCACUAUAGUAUUUGAUUACUUGCAAUAUCUUGCAAAAGUUUAAUUUCUUAGGGGAGUCACUUUCUCAGCAAUAUAAAAGUUAUUUUCAACUACUAUUUGUAUUUAUAAAUAAGUUUAUAUGCUACUGAAACAACCAUAUGUGUAAAAAGGAACAGAACAAAACAGUUUAGAACAUUAAUAAUUAGUAUUACAUUAACCUUGUUGCCAGCUUGAAUUUAUGAAAUGUACUGGAAUAAAAUUCAAUAGCAAUAAUGUGAUUAAAAGCAAUAUACAAAUAAAAACUUCCUACUGUAGCCUCUAUGCCGGGAGUUAAUGGACAAGCCAACAUAAACAAACGUCUUAACCAAGAAAACGUCUUAACCUACCAGUGCAUUAAAGGCAGAAUGAAUCAUAAUGACCAUAUUUUCAAAAUACACAAGUAAAGUAUUCAUAUUUAAAAUGCGGUAUUUACUAGGAUUUUUUUUCCGUCACGUGCGUAACAUCAUCAUCUUUGCGGAACACGGGCGGUAUUAUUUUUAAUUCCUUCGUCACAGAUGUUCAUAUUUGCCUCCAAUUACCAAGACGUAGUGGCAAAAAAGAAUUUUUAUUUUACGAGAAAUCAAAUACUCUAGACUAUAACGACGCAAAGCCGCAAUAAUCACGCGCGAAUAGUAAACAAACUACACUAGAGUCCCGUUAUAGCGAGGUGUCACGGUUCCGGGUUUGAUCCUCGCUAUAACCGUGUCCUCGCUAUAACCGAAUUGGAAAAAUUUUGGCCCCCAAAAAAUAAAAAUUAACCGAAAAUAGCAUAAAAAUUGUGUUUAAACCUGUAUAAUUGGAAAAUAACAGGUUAUAUUAACGAAAUCUUAAUUUCUGUGAGCAGAUGUGUGAAUUCUCUUUAAAACCAUACCCCAUAAGUACGGAUGCGAUCACCGAUUGCGUCAAAAUGACCAGAAUACCCUACCACGCCACGUAAGUAUAGCAUCUCAGCCCGCGGCCAACGCAGCAUUGUCCUGCUAUCUAUCGUCGACGCGGGCUGUCUGCUGGCGGCCAUGUUGGUUCGGGAUGUUGCUAACAGGUGGUGCUAGUGUAGCGCGACUAUUUAAUUCCUUACAAAAUAGCAGGAGUGCGGCUGCGGCAACGCACGUACGAAUCAAACGAAAUAGUCGCUGGAAAAUUAUACUUUUUCAUUUAAAGAAACCUGUAAACUUUUUUAGAAAAUAAAUUUGGGAUUAAACUCAAACCAUCACCACCCCUUUCCCGGACAAAUACCCCAACAACUGACCGAAACAGAAGUUACAAGAAAACUGUCCUAGCGAUUCGGAAAUAAAUACGGUAGUUCCUACUAGAGGUGUAAAAGUAACGAAAAAAUGUGUACCCGUAUGUAUUCGUUACUAUAACAAUUAGUACUCGUUACUAUCGUUACGUCACUCGUUACUUCUGAUACCGCAUAAUUUGUUAUGUUGCAGCAACGAAUCCAGUCGUAUUGCGUACGCGUACAGUAUGACGUCGCGUAAAUAAUAAUAAAUAGAAUAUAAACAAUUAAUAGUUUUUGUUAACCAAGAAACAAUUAAAUCUCAUUAGAGCGGCUUUUUAAUAUUAUCUCUUUUAAGAAAACAAAAAUAACGUGAAAAUAUACGCGAUUGUAAAAACAAAAACAUACGUAUUUCUAAUUUGUAAAAAAUACUUUUUUACGUUGUUUCUGUUCCAAUAUCAAACUUUGUCUACACACGGUACAGAUAACUAACGGAAGUUUGAUAAAAUAAAGAAAGGACGGGAUUCUAUUUUUAAAGCCACGCACUUAGGUGGCGACUGCACGGCUGAAGAAUGUGACAGGCGUCAACGGGAAGAUGUCUAGUGACGAGCGAGAGGGGUGGAGAUAAAGCAGACAAAUAACAAAAGCGCGCUUCAAGCUCUCACGCCGUAAAUUCCUCAAAAAUACCUCGUUAUAGCCGUGUUCUCGCUAUUACCGUGCUCGCUAUAACGAGAUUCUACUGUACAUCUAAAGGAUCUGACGACAUGCACAUUCAUUCUCCAACUGCCAUUUGGAACGGAACUUGGAAGGCAACUAAUCGAUCCUAGCGCACGUAUAGCGCAUUCUGUGAUGUGAAAAUAGAACUGAGUGACGCCAUGCGUCGUGAGCGCCCUGCAGAAUACGAACGGAACUAAGCAAUGCUACGAAACUUCUACCGUUUUAGCUUACGAACCGGAAUUAAAUAAAUAUUAUUUUAGUAACGGAAGUGAUAUAUCCUUUAAAUAAGAAAAAACCAUAUAUUUAAGAGAAAAUAGUAGUAUUCCGACAGAAACUUCCGACGUUAAACAUAGGAAAUAGUGAACUGUAAGAAACGCUUAGACUUUACUAUCCCAUGGUUAAAAUGGCGAACAUUAAGAGAAUAGAUGAUUUAAACGUUUUAUAGUGAAAAACUUAGCAUGCGUCUUAAAUGUGUUUUGAUGUAUUAUGCAAGCGGUACGUUUCUUAUCCAAUAUGAAUGUUAAAUACAUUAUUUGGUAGAUACUUGAAGUUAGUUUUUAAUGCCCUAAUAAAAACCGAAUCAUCGGUUUUUUCUGGGAAUUCGGUUCAGCUUCGGUUUUUACUAAAAUGACCGAACCGAACCGAAAAUUCGGUCAACCGAUCAGCCCUACAAAUAAUAUUUUGUUUUCGAGUUUUAAAUGACCAAUAUGCAAUUUUUUUUAUUGUUUAUGCGAUUUUUUCCAUUACUUUUUAGCGAGACAGUAACGAAAAAAGAACUUUGUAUACUUGUUGCGUGUUUAAAACAUCACUUAUUAGUUUUUUGAUUUUGAAGUCCCCUUUAACAUAAAAAAGGGGUAUUUAUAUAUGACACAAAUCACGUAAUCGCAGCAGUGAACUUUGGUAUAUGACAAGCAAACAAAUAUUCUAUUUCGAAGUGUUAGUAUUCAAGGUCGAAUAUUUUAUUAUUCUUAUUCGAAAAUUCAAAUAUAUUCGCACAGUUUUACCCGGUAGUUACGAGAGGAGUACUUAUACAAAUCCUCUUCAUGUUUUUGAAAUGUUAAUUUAUAGUUCUGUGAAAGAUUUUGAAUCCACAAUUUUAUGUUUCGGCACAUUCUGUGAUUCAACAUCGAUUAGCAACUCGUGAUCAGAUGUUUGGGUGGAUUCUGGUUUUUGACCUAGCCUGCCCGGUUGUGUUACUAGCUGUGUUUGUUUUUAGUCUGCUCAGUAUGUAUAUUUUAUAGGGAUGGGGUGACCGAAUCCAAUAUCCGCCGAAUCCGCCGAAUCCUAGGGAUUCGAAGAUUCAGCGGAUCUGAUAUAGGAUUCGUCAAAGGAUUCGGUUUUUUACUAUUUACGGAAAAAAAUACAGUAAAACUCGCUUACGAGGUUCCGCAAGGUAGGUUUUUCCGUAUAAAGCGUUUAAAUUGCCCGAGGUCUCAUUAUUUACGCCAUUAAAUGUGUGAUAUAAAGUCCGUUAAAAUUUUUUCUGAAACUUCCUGUCUCAAAUAAUGGCGCACGUAAAUAUGAAGAAAAGACAAAUGAACAACAACAUACGAAGAAAUAUGGAUGAUGUACCAUAACUACAGUACAAACCCAAUAGUUAUUUUAAGAUAAUUACCAUAAUAAGAACUAAAGAUUCUUUGUAGAAUACCAUAAUUACUUCAGAAGCAUGAUAGCUACCAUAUUUGCACUAUAGUUACCUUAACAACCAAGAUGUAUAUUUACCGUGAUAGUAAUGUAUUAUUUAUUUAUGACAUAUUAAAUUAAAGAACAUUGUUAAAAAAAAAAGGAUGUUAAACUUUGAUAUGUACGGUUGGCACAUGUUGCUAAGAAAUAAUGCGAUGUGAAAGAAUUCAAUACUACUACCAAAAGUGAAAAUGGUACUCGUGAAUUUUUAGGUUAUGGCAGUCUCUUUCGUUUUUCAGUAAUAUCGGCCAAAAAUUAACAAGCGUACUGUAUCGGAAGUCGGCAGAAAUGCCGAUUCAACUAAAUACAGUAGAACCCGUUUAUAGUGAACCCGCCUAUAAUGAAUUCCCGUUUAUAGUGAAUUUCCGUCUCAGUCCCGGCAAAAUGAUUUGAGGUUAUGUAUUAAUUUAUUGGAUAUAGCGCACAACUUUUGUCAAUGUUGAUACGUUUUCCCGUGUACCACGAACAAAUUUUGCCGACAUAAUGCACAUUUAUCUCAAAUAUUUUCAUAUAAUUAAAAGUUUUUUCACAAAACGUCUCUUCUGGAUCACAUUGAAGUUUUUCUCAGCAAUACGCUACUCGAUUGUCCACUGUUCAUAUUAUAAACAAGUCGUAUUCGAGUGGCCUCGGUAGGCUACGUGUAGCCAAAAAUGGUGAUCAGUUUGGUGAAAAUAAAAAAUAGUUUUCCCUGCAUAGUUAAAGAAUGGGCGAACACGUGUACAUUUAUUAUGUUAUCAAAA